CCCAAUACGUGUAAAUUAAUUGGUUUACGUGAAAGUUAUAGCAAUUACAAAUGGCGGGAAAGAUACUGGGAUUUUUAGGUUUUUUUUUAUACUAAUAAUGGUGGCGAUCAGCGAAUUAUGGCAACGAUCAGGGACUUAUGGCAACGACCAGCGACUUAUGGCGGGACUGCGGCAGACAUUCUGACAUUGGGGGUAAUAAUGGCGGCGAUCAGCGACUUAUGGCGGCGAUCAGGGACUUAUGGCGGCGAUCAGGCGACUUAUGGCGGGACUGCGGUGGACAUUCUGACACUGGGGGGAACUGACUUGGGGUCACUGACAUCCCCAGUGACACCAAUACAGUGAUCAGUG